UUGUCAAAAUGACCUCCCUAAAUCACUGCUUUCAAAAACCUGCUUAAUAGCCUCCUGCUUAACUACUCAAUUUCACACUAGGUGAAUCUCUUCUUUACUUUUGCUUUGAUGUGGACCCCAGAUACAGGAAAGGAACUGCCGGUAGUUUUCUUAUAAGGCUAAGGAAAUCACAAGGCAAUAUCAAUGAGUAACCAAGAUCUAGAUCCAGAUAGUACUACAGAUGAAGAUGUUACAGCUGCUAAGGAAGAACUUAUUAAAAAAUGUGAAGAAAUGUGGAAAGAUCUCCAAGAAUAUCAGAAUAAAUUAUCACUUAUUGGAACCGAGACACUCACUGAUUCAAAUGCUCAGCUAUCAUUAUUAAUUAUGCAAGUGAAAUGUUUAACUGCUGAACUCAGUCAAUGGCAGAAAGAAAUUCCUGAAAUACUUCCACUAAAUGAAGAGGUUCUGGUAACAUUAGGAAAAGAAGAGUUCCAAAAAUUGAGACAUGAUCUUGAAUUGGUACUAUCUACUGUUCAGUCAAAGAAUGAAAAGUUAAAGGAAGACUUGGAAAGGGAGCAACAAUGGUUGGAUGAACAGCAACAGAUAUUUGAAUCUCUCAUUGUACUACACAAUGAAUUGAAGCAUCAGACUGUGACAGAAUCAAGAACCUUUAAAGAGCUGAAAACUAAACUACAUGAUGUAAAAGAAUAUAAGGAGAAACUAUUGGUUACCUUGAGUGAGUUUUUAGAAGACCACUUUCCUCUGCCUGAUAGAAACGUUAAAAAGAAAAGGAAAAAUACUCAAGAAUCAACUAUACAGCUGAUAACAUUACAUGAAAUGUUAGAGAUUCUUUUAAAUAGAUUAUUUGAUGUUCCGCAUGAUCCAUAUGUCAAAAUCAGUGAUUCUUUUUGGCCACCUUAUAUUGAGCUGCUCCUGCGUAAUGGAAUUGCCUUGAGACACCCAGAAGAUCCAAACCGAAUAAGACUGGAAGCUUUCCAUCAGUAAAGUAUGCUCUGUUUUUCACAAGUACUUACAGAAUCUUGUCAUUCAAGAAUAAAUGGAAACACUGAGUGUUACUUGGAUAAAGAAAAUCAUAUGCACAUCAAAGCAUGUAGUUCAUAUUCCUUCUAUCCUUAAAAUGACACGUGCUGCCAUUUAAACUAUUUGCUUAAAAAGGGUCCUUUCACAUUCAGCUCUGUGCUUUGGUGUGUUCAAGUUGAUUGACAAAGAUACAAAUAAAAAUAUUCUAGACUUCAUUAUAAAACAUUUAAUGUACCUCUUGCAGCAAUAUUUGGAAAAGUCUUUGUUAAUUUAUGAUAUUGCUUAAGUCAUAAUUUUAAAAAAAUUUUAUGACAGUUUCUUUUAUUCAUUUUGAGUUCUGUUUGUUGCUUAACUCCAUUAAAUUUAGGAAUAAUAAUGAAAAGGCCAUUUAGUAUGCAGAUGGUUUUAAAAUUGACUUUGUAUCUAAUGUAGAAGGAAGCAUAAUUUAAAAGUAUUUAGUAAAUAUGCCCAUACAUACUGCCUUAUUUCUAGAUUUGUUAAAAAUUGAAAU